CACUGUUUACUUCAUUUUAACAAAACAUGAUGAUUUUGAAUUUUUUAUGGGAUUUUGUAGAUGAUCAAGGAAGUUUUGUUGGCUUUGAAUGAAAGAAGUGGGUUGAGUCCAUAUGCUAUAGAGAAGUACAUGGAAGAGAAGCACAAGGAUGUGCUUCCUCUGCAACUACAACAACAAAGGGUCAUGAAGAAAGUUGGGCCUAAGAAGACAAAGAAAUCAACACCUGCUAAGCCUAAACAGCCCAAAUUGAUUAAGUCUCCUACUGCUAAGAGAGCCAAGAGGACCAUUGCUUGAGUCUGUAGAAAUUAGAUAAAAAUAAGUGGUGUUUGUAUUUUUGAAAAUAGU